AUGCAUGACUAUUUUUCAAGCCCAAACCAGCCUUUUAUUGAAGAGCUCCAAGGGGAGACGACGUUGAGCAAUUACACGAGGGAAAUUCGAGUUGACCAUCUGCGGAAAACAGUAGCAGCGCUAACCGUUCUAAUCCGCUGGCUCGUGGGUAGUCAAUGGGGAAUAGCGCGUGUAAUCUUCACUAUCGCAAGGUAUACUUCGUUUCCCGCCCUUGCGUUGACUUUAGUUGAUAUGAUAGGCACAUGUUCAUCGGGCCGGGCCGCGACGGAUGUCCUAUAUCCUGUGUGCAUUGCAAGCACCGAAGUUCUACUCGCGUUCAGAGUAUGGGCUUCCUGGAAUCGGAGUCGUAAGGUUCUCAUUAUCCUGUGCGGAUCCGCUGUAGUGCUACCUGCUGGAAUGGCUGCAGCGUGCGUUUAUCUGGGCUCAGAACUUCCAAACGCAUCAGCUCAGUCAAUGUACCUGGGAGGCAAACUUAACUGUGCGCUUGAUUUGCCGCUACGAGUUGCUGUUGAGUAUGGUUUCUUGAUGGGUUAUGAGCUCAUAUGCUCUGCCGUCAAUAUCGCACAGAUCAUGACCGCAACAGUCCGAGGGAUGCGUAGAAAGUUACGAAAGCCAUGCACCUAG